UUACCUUACAAUGCUUGUUGCCGUACUCAGCCAUGCGUUUGUCUAGACUUGAGGCUCAACUGCACCCCCAAGAUCUUGAAUCAAGAAUUCAGACAACAAGCUAUUUAGGGGACGCUAAGUUCUCAAAAGUACAACCUCAGUCAUUCCUUCUCUAGCUCUUUCUCGACUAUCUUAGCAUCUGUACACUGUCCUGGUAGAAUUCGCCGAAACUGUGUGUAAUACUUUCACCAUGAUGCGAAUAGCUAUAGCUGGGGGCUCCGGCCUUGGAUAUCUCCUGGCAAGUCAUAUAUCCAAAGCAGCAAACGCUUAUCAAGUUGUUGUUCUCUCACGAUCUUCACGUCCCGAAUAUGCAGCACUUGACGUUCAAGUCAUGGUUGUUGACUACAAUGACGAAAAUAGCCUAGCAUACGCACUUCACGGAGUUAAUCUUGUCAUCUGCACAUUUUCAGGGGGUGAACAGGUCAACCUGAUCACUGCAGCUGUCCAAGGCGGUGUACAAUUCUUUGUCCCUUCCGAGUUCGAAGGAAGCCUCGAAAAGCGGCCCGAAAACGAUCAACUCGACCCCUAUUCGUACUCGUCCCAAGCGAGACAGCAUCUCAGACGCUGUGCAAGAUCAUCCCAGAUGAAGUGGACAGUCUUCUCCUGCGGUAUCUUCAUGGAGAGAUUUCUCCCCCAGGGGCUCGGAAGUUUGGCCAUUGGUUAUGGUUCAAACUUAGCCAACGUGGGAUCUUACAUUCUUGACAUGAAUACCUAUACUGCUGAGUGCGUUGAAAAAAAUCCUCGAGGGCAUACUGUCCGUGUCUGCAUGACAUCUGUAUAUGAUGUUGCUCGAUUCAUCGUUGCUGCCAUUGAUUUAGGACCUGCGAACUGGCCUCGCGAGUUUACGAUGAGAGGAGACCGUCUGUCGCUUCGUGACAUUGUUGGGCAAUGCUCAAGAACCCUGAACGCGGCAUUUUCUCUUUCUCAAUGGCAAGCUUCAGAUAUUGCAGGACUUAUGAGUGGUUUCUGUCAACAGGGAGAUUACGCCAAAAUUGCCUUUUAUCAGCAGCUUCAAGCUACUGUUGAAGGGCGUUACGAUUUUGGGCAUACAUCGUUGAAUGGCCUUGUCAAUGUGCAGCCGAGAAGCUUUCGCCAGUGGUUGAGUGACCAGUUUACAGGAUAAAGCCACUAUGGAGGCUUCUUCUGGCUUCUUUCACUAUGGGUCAGCAAUACAAUCUUUGACUAUGUUGUGUCGAUGGACGUUCACUUUCUUUAGUUUACAGCUGUGCUGUAUGUUGGUACUGGUAGCAACAAGGCAACAAAUUAGCGGCUGGUAUCGCGGUCUUCAUAUUUUAUUGUUUAUCUAGGCAGCUAAAAGAACUAAACUCCGCUUUUCAC